GCGCAGAUAAACGAGCCAAUCACAGCGGCUCCAGCAGGAGGCUGGCAGCUCUGCUCAGCAGCACCACCACCACAAAGUUGCAGAGCAUCUCUGAGUCCCCGCCUGCUUUGCCUCCACUUGGUAUCUGUCUCACCUGCAACCUGCCUCUCCACUACAGACUCCAGACUACGAGCGUUACUUUACCUCAACCUUUCAGCCUCAGCAGUUUAAGCGAUCAAGGUGUUACUUUCGACGCGUUUCAAAGAUGCUGGCUUGUACGGAGAUGAUCACUAUGUGCCUGCAGUCGGCCAAACAGAAGCAUCUUCGGGCUCAGCAGCAACAGCAGCCGCUGCACAGCACCGGACAAGGGCUUACUAUCUUUCAUGAUAUUUUCCGCCGGGCAGACAAAAACGAUGAUGGCAAGCUGUCAUUUGACGAGUUCAAUGCUUACUUUGCUGAUGGGAUCCUGACUACUGAGGAGCUACAGGAGCUUUUCUACUCCAUAGAUGGCCGGCAAAAUAACAAUCUGGACACUGACAAGCUAUCAGAAUAUUUUUCUCAGCAUCUGGGGGAGUAUCUUAGUGUGCUUUCAGCUCUGGAGAGCCUGAAUGUUGCCAUAUUAAAGGCAAUGGACAAAACUAAAGAGGAGUACCAGGGUGCCAGUGUGUUGGGCCAGUUUGUCACCAGGUUCAUGCUCAGAGAGACAUCCAGUCAGCUACUGUCUCUACAGAGGUCCCUGCAGUGUGCCAUGGAGGCUGUGGAGGAGCAGAGCAGCCCUGCACCGAGAGAGGUAAAGGCACCGGAGCUGACAGCAGUACAGAGAAAUGGCAGGCGGUGUGGUCGCAGGAUCCAUAAUAACCUGUGCAUGUCCCCAUCAGAUCCCUGCUCUGGAAUCCUGACCACAGGUGUGUGUGUGGAAGAUGAAGAGAACUGGUGCUCUCAAAUUAACAGGCUGCAGCUCCUGCUGGAUAAACUGGAUUGUCAGAGUCCUAAAUUGGAGCCACUGAAAGAGGACACACUGGCCAGCACGUACAAGUCUAACAUCCUGCUGGUUCAGAGGCAGAUGACGGUGACCGAUGACGAUCUGGACAACUUCCGGAAAGUUCUGAAGAGCUACAUCGAUGCCACCGCGGCCCACUCUGACAACAUGCAUGUGUCCGUUCAGAAGCUCCCGGGAAAGUUGUGUUACAUAAUGUAUGAGUUCUGGCAAGACCGCAUCUCCUGGAUGAGCUACCUGCAGUCCAACAGCAGUAAAGAUUUCCAGCGCUGCACCAUUGACAUGUUGGAGGAUGCUGAAGUAGUUUCCACCAUGUUGAUCCCAGCUUCCUGGUGGAUUAUGACUAACAACUAGCAGCCGAAUCCAGAAUGUCACAUCUACUGCCUACACUGUCACACGGACAAAGACACACUGGCACAUCAACCCACCCACACAAACACACACAUGCACACAUACAAGCACACACGCAGGGGAAUUCAAAAGGCAUCCAUGUGUUUGAAAGCAACAGGAGAUGGAGACAAUGGCGUCAUACAGCAUUCUCCAGCAGCAUCUUUAAUGUUCCUCUGUCUCCAACUGCUCAUUAUUGUGCCGCUUAUAUCAAAAGGGAUAGUUGCACCCUAUAGCCAAUCUAUUGACUUGAAAGUGACUGAUUCUCUGCAAUGCAAAAGCCAUUUUUUUCUCAUAACCCUGCUCCCACUUGGCCUCUUUCUCUCUCAUGGUGUUUUUUCUGAUAUUAAGCCAGUGGAAAACAACCAAAAAGACGCUAGUAUAGGCUACUAGAGCAGAUCCAAUUUAAAUAAAAAUUACCAUGCCAGUAUUGUUAUUGUGCUUUUGAUGAGUUGUUUACUGUUGAAUACAAUUAAAGAGGAAGAAAAGGCAGAGAGGAUGAGGAGAUGAAGGGUUGCUGCAUGCUAAUGACUGUGGGCAAAAGCUUUCAGUAAUAGUUCCUUUAAAUCCUGGCUGUAUAUGCUAUAUGAUACUGUAGCACUGUUUUUUCUUUCAUCUGUCAUGUGCACCAAAUGCCAACAAAGCUAUUAUGAAAAAAAAGCUAACCCUGCUCUGACAUCUAUUGCUAGAUAUCCUAGUAGUGAUUUAUAUUAGUUACAUCUCCUCUGAGACACACUCUCUGUCUCAAAUGUCAAAGUAUCUCUAAAAGUGUAUGUAUCUAAGGGAUGUAACACUUUGUGAGGAAAUAUAGAGUUUAUUCCAUCUGUACAUAUGGAACUCAGAUAUAUGAAUAUUUCUGUUGUGCUUUGGUUCUGUAUUGUAUAUCACCAAUUGUAAACAAACAAAGAAGCAACUUUAAUCAAAUCAUUAAAGCUACUAAUUGUUUUGACAA